AUGCCCUUUGGUGAUUUCGUCUUGGACAUCAACGCUAUGACGCCCGUGGUGCUUAUCAGCGGAGGAGUUGGAUUGACGCCCAUGAUGGCAAUGCUGAAGAAGAUAACUGAGGAGGGCAAGUCGAGGAGGGUGGUAUUCAUCCAUGCUGCACGCAACGCACGUGUCCAUGCUAUGAAAGACACCCUCAUCGAGAUUGUGAGGGACAACCCCCAAGUCACCCGUCUUGUUUACUAUGAGCGAGUUGAAGAAGGCGAUACACCGGGGCUUGACUAUGAUCACGAGGGGCGCGUGGACCUCACGGAGGUCAAGGACAAGGUGAUUCUGCCUGGAGCGGAUUACUAUAUCUGCGGACCGUCGCCGUUUAUGAAUGCUCAGAGCAAGGCACUUCGGGAUCUGGGUGUUGACGAGAAACACAUUCGCAUGGAGGUUUUCGGGUCGCCAUCUUUCUGA